CACAGUUCUCUUAACCCAGCUCUGCUGUUUACAACGCUAAAAAAAUCUGUUAAAUGAGGCAUAAGGUCCAACGCACGUAAAUGAAGUGGUAUGAGGUGGACGGGUAUUCUGCAAUUUAAUACUCCGAGGAGAUAAAACUAUCCCGUGAUUAGCUACCUUGGGUCUCCGUGGCCCAAAACAAGCCGCGAUGAUGCUGACUCAAGUCGAGUCAUGGGCAUGACUCGCGCGUGAUGUUGUUAUUUGCAUAUAAAUGAAAGCAACAAACGCAAAGUGAGUGUAUUCUUAUUGAAGGCCACGGUGACAUGGAACGAGACCGUUUUGCUUUUGCCUGGCAUUUGUUGCUUUCUGCAGCACUUAUCUCUGCUGUAAGAUCACAAAUUCCGCUGCCCAAACAUCCAUUGGGUUUUGUUUACCACGGAGGUGAGUCCAGCGCUCCCAUUCAUCUCACAGCGUUUGUUGAUCUGACCUGUCCAGACUCCAAACAGGCAUGGCCGACGGUAAAAAAGAUAGCAGAUAUGUACGGGCCUAAAGUUGUGCAGUUUACGUUGCAGCUCUUUCCGCUACCAUAUCACACAAAUGCAUUUAUCGCUGCUCAGGUGAGUUUACGCUUUUGACUUGAAAUCCCGUCCCUGUCAAAUAACAAUCGAUGCUGCAAAAAAUUUAUAUGCCGACUGCCUACACGAGUUUGCUUGGCAGCUAUGUACAUGGUACAUUUCUGUGGAUGAAACAAUUCCUGUGGAGAUACCUGCCUACUCUGAGGUAAAGCCCAAUUCAGCCCCAGUCACUUUCUUGGAAAUGUAAAUUACGUAAUCCCUACUUCAAUAAUGUUCUUACUUAAGGCGUUUCUUGAAUGAGCAAUACCCGCAGUAAAGUACUGUACUUAUAGAAGCAAAGACAGGCCUGGUCAUUUUUAUUGCGAGUAGUCAUUUAUGUGUUAAUUAACCCCAUUUGCAUGCAAAAAAUUCUGCAUGGCACCACUCAUUUUUGGCACUGUGCCUGCAAGUUUUGGGCACAGCACUCGCAAUUACCAACGUGUAAAUGCAUCAGUACCCCCGGUCAGUACCCCAGCUUUUGGGGUUGCUGAGACUCCCUCACAGAGAUAGUUUCGUUAUGACAUAAAUAGCGGUUAUGUUGGUGAUGUACAUGGUCAUGACAUGAACUAACAAUCUUACAGUACGGAAUCACAGUUUUAAUUUUUUGGCCAUUUCCAGUAAAGAUACAAAUAGAACGAAAGAGGUGCCAAUGGAAGAUUGGCACCGUUCCCAGGUAACGAAAAACCAAUUAAACCUAAGGGUGUCCUCCAGAUUUUUUUGCACGUGUCAAUGGGGUCUAAAAGAUGAUUCUAACUUGUGAAUCCUUCUUACUGGUCAUUGCUUUAAAAUGAUCAAGUCAGUGUACAAUGAAGACUUAACUGGAUUGUGGACUACGGAAUGCAGACUGCAGACUAAGGGCAAAAUUGAAGACUGAAUGCAGACUGCACACUGAGAGUAAAAUGCAGGGUAAACAUGGGUUCAAAAUGCAGAAUGAGGACUGACCAACUGUUAAGCAUAACACUGUACUUGUGGAGUUUAUUGAGAGCAAAACCUCACAAGUAUGCAAAAAGUUGUCCCAUUCCAGUAACUGUUCCUUGAGAAAACUAUGCCAUUUUUGUAUUCAGCUUUCUUCUUAGUCUUGGAAGCUUUGGAAAAAAACCUUUUUUUUUUCUCUACUUGAUUCACUAAUAAAAGGCCUUUUCAUGAUCGUGCUUUCAGAGUGUUUAUGCGGUGGAAGCCUUUAAUUCAUCUCUUGUUAUCAGCUGGAUGGAUGUCAUAUUUGAUAACCAAGAACAACUGUACAAUUUUCAGACAAUGGACAAAGACAGAUAUGAUGUAAUCAAGUAAGCAUAAUCAAAUUCUUGGGUCAUUUAACCAACUGACAAUUUAACAUAAAUUAGUUAUUAAAACCCUUAUGUAACUGGUUAAUUGUUAAUAAUAAAACUUUCUAUGGCCUCCCCCCCCCCCUGCCCAGUCUUUGCCCUCUCCCCUUCAGCAGGCAACUCCUUGGGCAUUUGAACUUUAAAAGUUUGAGUUGUUUUAUUUCGAUUCCCCACUCCCAAAAAAAACUACCUCACUGUCAUACAACCUUAUUUCAAGGGCUGUCUCCUACUUUGUUCUGCACGGACAGGCAGGAGAGAAGACAGAGAAGGCUGGGAAUGAGGUUGAUUGUCAUAAUAUCAAACACCCUGCCAUUUAAAAGUGGCAACUGCGACAGCAAAUUAAACACAAAUGACUCACACAUAUAUUGUCAAAGCCCUUCCUCUCUGGCCCUGAAUUUCUCCAACUUUACCCUAUGUUUUCCAUCAAGGUACAAAAUGAUUACCGGUAAUAUUAAGGUGUAAUAAUGGUUACCCUGGCCACUAUCCAAACGUUUGUCAAUUUCAGCUUUUGAAUGACAGUCAAGCCUUUAAGUGACUUAAAAGGUUGCGUGCCCUGAAUAUGGGGACUGAGUUUCCGUUAUCCUACAAUCUUAACAAAAAAGAACUUUACAUAGGUAUCUAAUACAGUUUUUGAAAAUAUUGCCAGGGCCAGGGGCACAAGUUUAUUGAUAUUAUUUAUACUGUUGAGUGCUUUAGUAAGGAACAUGUAUCUUUUUGAAUGAAUGUUACAUAUUGAAUGAGUGAGUGAGUGAAAAUAUGUUUCUGUACACUGUACCUGUUUAUCCUAUUUUAGCAUUAUUUCUGAUCUGGGAAGUAAGCUUAAAAUUGACAAAUCAGUCAUCAAGGAUGGUCUUUCCAAUACUAAAUUUGACGAGAGUGCAAGAAUUUCAUGGAAACAUGGCUGUUCAAGUGAGUAUGCUUUUAAAUUUGCGUAGCAUUAUUUGAUAGAUUGUUGUAGCCUCCAAAACAAACAAAAGUCAUGCAAGUUUCUCUAAAGAGGAGUGGGGACAUAGCGUGUUAUUUGUAUGCAUUCAUUGACCAAAAUGGGUAAAUAUUGGCCUCAUAUUCUUUGUCAAAGAAAAACGAAAAAAGAACAAGGCAAUUCCAAAAUAAGGAAUGGCUGAAUAUUUAAUUAUUUAAUAUUCAGCUACCUUGUCCAAACAAUUUAGGUCAAUAUAGGAUAUAUUUUAUGGCCAAAAGUAAAAUAUAUCUCUGAGGUCCAGAGUGGCAAGAUAAACCCAUCUUCCCUGAUUGGCUAACCAAUCAGAACAAAGGAUUUGCAUCAUCUUAUCAUCUUAAGCACUCGCACAACCAGCAUAUAACAACAAUAUUUUUUUUAUUAAUGUAUUUUUAAAGUUGGGGUGUAUUUUGAAUUUAAAUCAGCUGUAGAAGAAUUAAAAUAUGUAAAUGUUUUAAGUUUAAGCCAUGCUCCUGUAGGGUGGCUUUUGUUUCUUGCUGAGUGCUAAAGGUGUUUGUUGUUAUUUGUUGCUUAAUUUUAUAUAACAAAGUCCUGUCUGUAUUAUUUUAGGGACAGUCUCUGGCACUCCAUUCUUUUUUAUAAAUGAUAUUUUUGUCAGUGAAGCGUCAGCUAGUUGGACUGUGGAGGACUGGAAGAAACUCAUAGAUCCACUGUUGAAAUGAUGGAUGGUUAAUUCAUUUCCUGCACAUGUAUUGAAGUAUCUAUUGAUCAUUCAUAAUGUUAUGAAUUAAAUAAUAGAUCAGAAACUCAUAAUUUGCUGCAUAGGUU